CUAGAUUUCUGAGAGAGGGAGAGAGAAGUCCCAGUGCUGCACAGCAGAGAUGAGGAUGAUUCACGUGUGAGAGGCAGAGCCCGGCGCAGAGCAGGCACCCGUGUGGACCAGCACUCAGACCCAGGACCAGCCCAGCCUUCCCAGAGCUGGAGACCCUCUCCCCGCAGCGACCCUCGCCUCCACCGCGGGUCCCCUUCAGUGACAUGUACCCUGAAGAGAGCCGGGGGUCUGGAGCCACUGUGGACUUCCUUGAAGGGACCUACGACUAUGCGGCCCCCACCCCUGCCCCGACCCCUCUCUACAGCCACUCCACGGCGGGCUUCUACUCUCCUCCUCUGGACGCCCACGGACAGCCCUCGGAUGGCAGCCUUCAGUCCAUGGGGAGUGGGCCAGCUAGUCCUCUAGUGUUCGUGCCAUGCAGCCCCCGACUCAGCCCCUUUAUGCACCCCCCCAGCCAUCACUAUUUGGAAACCACCUCAACUCCUGUGUACAGGUCCAGUCUGCAGUCAGUUUCCAGAGAGGACCUGUGCGGCACCAGCGACGAGUCGUUCAGCGUGGGGGAGUCGGGGGCCGGGGGGUUUGAGAUGGUCAAAGAAACGCGGUUCUGUGCCGUGUGCAGCGACUAUGCUUCUGGGUAUCACUACGGGGUGUGGUCCUGUGAGGGCUGCAAGGCCUUCUUCAAGAGGAGCAUCCAGGGUCACAAUGACUAUAUGUGCCCAGCAACCAAUCAGUGUACUAUCGACAGGAAUCGGAGGAAGAGCUGCCAGGCUUGCCGUCUUAGGAAGUGCUACGAAGUGGGCAUGAUGAAGGGAGGUGUUCGUAAGGACCGCGGCCGUGUUUUGCGACGUGACAAAGCGCGGACGGACACCACUGAUAGAGUUAAGGCCCCUAAGGACCUGGAGCAGAGGACAGUGCCCCCUGUGGACGGGAGGAGGCGCAGCAGUGCUUUUGGUGGAGGAGUACGAUCAACACUGAAUGGCAUGCCUCCUGACCAGGUGCUCCUCCUGCUCCAGGGUGCAGAGCCCCCAACACUGUGCUCCCGUCAGAAGCUGAGCAGACCCUACUCCGAGGUCACCGUGAUGACGCUGCUCACCAGCAUGGCCGAUAAGGAGCUGGUCCACAUGAUUGCCUGGGCCAAGAAGCUUCCAGGCUUCCUGCAGCUGGGGCUCCAUGACCAGGUGCAGCUGCUGGAGAGCUCCUGGCUGGAGGUUCUGAUGAUCGGGCUCGUCUGGAGGUCCAUCCACUGCCCCGGGAAGCUCAUCUUUGCUCAGGACCUCAUACUGGACAGGAACGAAGGAAACUGUGUUGAAGGCAUGGCGGAGAUCUUCGACAUGCUGCUGGCGACGGCUUCACGCUUCCGCUUGCUCAAACUCAAACCCGAGGAGUUUGUCUGUCUCAAAGCCAUCAUCUUGCUCAACUCUGGGGCCUUCUCUUUCUGCACCGGCUCCAUGGAGGCCUUCCACGACACGGCGGCGGUGCAGAUCAUGCUCGACACCAUCACAGACGCUCUCAUACAUCACAUCAGCCAAUCAGGAGGCUCGGUGCAACAGCAGUCCAGACGACAGGCCCAGCUGCUCCUCCUGCUCUCACACAUCAGGCACAUGAGCAACAAAGGGAUGGAGCACCUCUACAGCAUGAAGUGCAAGAACAAGGUGCCGCUGUACGACCUGCUGCUGGAGAUGCUGGACGCUCACCGCCUGCACCGCCCCGACAGACCAGGCCAGCCCUGGACCCCGGCUGACGGAGAGCCCCCCCCCAGCGGCAGUGGAGGAGGACCACGAAUCUACAAUGAGAGCGCCAGCAGAGCCCCGACAGUCCUGCAGUACGGGGGCUCCCGCUCGGACUGCACCCCCAUCCUAUGAGAGAGAGCACCGCCUGAAGGUCUGAGGUGAUGACUGUAAAACAGAGUGAGAGGCGCGUUGUGGAUCGGGAACAAAAAAAGGGUUUAUUAUUUUCACGAGAUAAUUAUUUAUAAAUGAAAUGAGUUGUAGCUGUUUAGGGAGAAAACUCUCCUUUGCACUGCUCCAAUUCACCAACUUAUGAGCUCAAUGCAGCAUCUGUGAUUUAGUCUCUAACAGCUUUACAGUGCAGCUUAUUGGCACUCUGUUAGCUUUAAAAUGACGGGCAGCUAAUUUUAGUUUUCAUUUGACCAAAGUGCACUUCCUCUGGGGAUUAAGGGGCUAUCCGGCAUUAUGUUUACUUUGAAAUAUUAAGAUGAUGACACACUAACUAAACUAUGAUAAGAGGGUGAAUGUGUAAUUUAUUGUGUUUUUAAAUUCAAAUAUUUUGAGAACUAAGCAUCAGGUAUUGUGAUUUCACACUAAAUGUUAAACUUUGAUAUAUUUGGGAAAAAUACAUUCAAUUCAGUUGCCACGGCCAGUGGUUAGGAAUAACAAAAAAUGCAUGAUAAAAUAGUUAUACAAAUUUGAAGGAAGCCAAAUUCAUUGCUGGGAAACGCCCUUACCAAGCUUUUAAUGUGAAGACUUAAUGUUUGUUCUGUGUGCUUAGUGUGUGUGUGUGGGGGUGUGUG